AUGCAUCAUUCAACGACGUCCACAUCAUCUUCAUCAGUAAAACGACAAUGUACUUCUACUACCACGCCUUCUUUAAAUGGUUUACCAAAACGUGUUCGAAAUGACGAUUCACCAAGGUCAAGCGAUAUAACGACAUCACCGUGUUUCUCAUCACGUGAUGAAAAUUCGAACAAAUCAUCAUUAUCCGUUGAUUCUCCAAAAAGUUCUUAUGCUCUUGAUUUAUUACUGAAUGCUGAUCGUCGUUUAAAUAAAAAAGGUUUAAACGAAUCAUCGUUCUCCAUCCAAGAAAAUGCAUCACACAACGAUUCUUCCUCUUCGUCGUCCACAUUAUCAAAUACUCUACCUGCAUUUACUAGUCAUGAUUUAUUGAAUUAUGUCGAUCAAAAAGUUCUCGACACAAAAGUUAAACGAGUGACAUCCGUUAAUGACCUGCUUCAAGCAAAUAUAAAGCGAAUGAAAGUUGAGCACAUCAACACAGUGCAAAAAUUGGAAAGUGAAAAUGAACAGACAUUACGUUAUGAAAUAAAACAAUUACAUUCAAAAUUUAAUGAAAUGGAAUCAUCAUUGAAUGAUAAAGAUAAACAAUUAAACUCAAAUCUGUUAGAUAAUAGUAAUAGCGCCUCACUUGAUCAACGCAUUAUUGUUUUACAAAACGAAAAGCUUGAUUUAAAUAGCAAAUUUGAACAAAUGCGAAGUUCAAAUUUGGUUGCUACAGUGAGAAUGGAACAAGUAAUAUCGAAACUAAAACAGGAACUUGUUGAUAAUCAAAAUCAGAUAAAAGUCUUACAAUCGGAAAAUGAACGAGUGAGCAGUCUUUGGAAAUCUGAUCAUGAACGUCUUAUACAAAAUGAAAAUCUUAUUCUGAUAUUACAAAAGCUUGUUGCUCUGGAGCAUAAUAAAUCGAAGAAUUCAACAUCCGAAUUAUUAAAGCCAUCAAUGGUCGACGAUAUAAAUCGUAUGCGUGGUGUCAAAUAUGAAAAUGAUCAGUUACAAAAAGAAAUUGAAUUAUUAAAAUUAAAAUGUAUUGAAAAAGCCAGUCGUGAUGAAGAAAUUCGUAGAUUAAGAAAACAAGUAGAUGUUAAUAAUGAUUAUCAUCAUCAAUUAGCAAUUAAAGAAUUAGAAAUUGAAAGACUUCGUAAAGAAUUGGCACUAAAAUGA